AUGGACACGUGGAUGCUCCUAGGUAUUGAAAGUGGUAGUAGUGUCGUUGGUACUGAUGGUGGUUGUUAUGGCAGUAGUAGCACUGACAAUGACUAUGGUGACGUUGGUGGUGAUGACGACGGUGAUGGUGGAGGUGAAGGCGGCGGUGAUGAUGGUCUGGUGGCAGAGAUGAAGGCGACGGUGGUAAAAAAAGCAGCACUGCGUUUUGAAAAUUUGAGUGAUUUUGAACCUCAUGUGACAUUGUAUUUCAGUUAUAAUUCUACGAAGAAAAAAUUGUAUUUAGACGUAAUUUACUUUAAUUCAUUUAAACUGGAGAGAUGUGUCUAUAAGCACAAGAAACACGUACGUAUAGGUAGCAAAAAUGAAAUCAACGACAUCGAAACAGUUGUGAUUUUAUCAGCACCUUCUUGCAAAAAGGAAUGUGACAUAGAGAGGUACGACGGAUUUUAUGGUUCUGCCGUCGCCGGCGACCAGAUAAACGCCGAUAUCACCAUCGGUUUCACCGAGGCAGAAAGAAAUGGUCUGUUGGCACUCAAAUCUCGUUUUCACAACCCUUUUCUCGACGCCGGAUGGCAAAGCUUCAAUUGCCUCCAAUGGUAUGGUGUCAACUGCAGUGGCGGUGGAGUCGUCGGUGUAACCCUCGAGAAUCUCGGCAUCACCGGCGAAAUCGUCGCUGAUUCGCUUCUCAAUCUCACCUCGUUGUCGGUUUUGAGCUUCAAGAACAAUUCGAUAUUUGGGCAGAUGAUGGACUUCUCGAAGAACCCGAAUUUGGCACGGCUUGAUUUGUCGAGCAACAACUUUGACGGGUCGAUUUCGCCUUCGCUCGUCAACCUGGUUUUGCUGGAGUCGUUGCAGCUCCAGCAGAAUAGGUUGACGGGUUCUAUUCCCUGGUUCGAUCAGUCUAGCUUGAAACAAUUGAACGUAUCGAACAAUAACCUCUCAGGACCGAUACCGAAUACCAAAACGCUUGAAUCAUUUGGUCCUUCAUCGUAUGAUCAUAAUCAGUGGUUGUGUGGGCCACCCUCUCCUAGAGUGUGUGGCCCCACAACAUCGGAUGAUGAUCAUAGUUCUGGAUCAAACAAGUCUACUCUUUUGAUUAUCGUUAACGUUAUAGGUGUAUUCAUUAUCGUUAUUCUGUUAGUGUUGUUCUACAAAAAGAAACAAAAACUUGACCGAAAGAGAAUGGAGAACAAGAACACCAUGGUUGAGGAGGACGCGGAAAAGGCGAGUAAGGUGAUGAUUGACGAUCACCACGAAAAUGUACCGAAACCAGACAAAGGAAACCUUGUUUUUGUGGACGGCGACCCCGAGUUCGAGCUAGGGGACCUUAUGAAAGCUUCCGCCGAGAGUCUAGGCAAAGGGAAUUUCGGGAACACGUACAGGGCUAGGUUGGAAGACGGAAGAAACGUGAUCGUGAAACGGCUAAGGGAUUUGAAGCCGUUGAGUAGCGAUGAAUUCGUAACUCAAAUGAAUGCGAUCGCGGCCCAGAAACACCCGAAUCUGACGCUGCUUCUUGCGUACUAUUACUCCAAACACGAGAAAUUGUUGGUGCAUAAGUUUGUGACAAACGGGAACCUUUUCGAUCACCUUCACGGAGGAAGAGGGACGAACGAUCGAGUUCCGUUUCGAUGGAACGCAAGGUUAACCAUUGCACGCGGAGUGGCUCGAGCCAUGGAGUACUUACACACGAACCCUAAUUUACAAACCCUAGUUCCCCAUGGCAAUCUAAAAUCAUCCAAUGUACUCAUUGAUGAGAAUAAUAAUGCUCUCAUUUCGGGCUACGGUCUUACGGGGAUCAUCUCCAACACGAUAUCCGCUCAACAAAUGGUUGCCUUCAAAUCUCCCGAGUUCGUGACCUCCAAAAGGAUCUCAAAGAAGUCCGACGUAUGGAGCUAUGGAACCCUAGUAAUGGAGCUCUUGACCGGGAGACUUGGCGUUCACUCGGCUCCGCAGGAUGACAAAGCCGUGGAUCUAUGUAGUUGGGUCCACCGUGCGGUUCGUGAAGAAUGGACCGCGGAGAUCUUCGAUUUGGAAAUCAUGGUGCAAAGGAGCGCAAUCCAUGGGAUGUUGAAACUGCUACAACUAGCGGUGCGUUGUUGCGACAAAGCACCAGAAAAACGACCCGAGAUGAGCGAGGUAGCACGUGACGUGGAGAGCAUUAAGGUUGGUAAUGUCGAUUCAGAGAGCGAAGAAGAUUUAUCCGUUGAUCGUUCAUUGACAGAUGAUUCCAUGUCCGCGACCUCGUCAAGGUGAUCUUAUUAUGAUGCUAGAAAAUCUGUACAAAGAUUUCUGGACCUUCAUCUUACGCCGUUUAUGCAGUUAUGAAAGUGCAUAAACGACUUAGGUGAUGUAGGGCCAAGGGGAUUCGAGAAUGCAUAGUACAAAGUGGUCAAUUUGGUUAUUAGGAAACGAGAAUAAAUCU